GUGCGGUAUGGAAAUUCUGAGAGCUGCUUUGACUCAAUUGCUGCUUUACUACACCAGGCUUUCAGAUUGCAUGAAGAAAAUUGCUGGUGGGUCUGCAUUGAACAAGGAUUUGGUUUCCAUAUCUUCAAUAAUGUACUUCUUGAGGUGCCAAGUGAUGGUUUUGGCAUGGAUUCAACUGGGAAUGGCUUAGCAUUGGUUCCAGUGGAACCUUCAAGGUCAAUCUUUUCAAUUGCUGGUGGUCCAACUAUGUGUAAUGGGAAUUCAAUUGGUUAUAACCCCAUUUACCAGCGAAGUACAUCUACUUCUACAUAUGGAGAUAUGGAAGAUGGAUUUGAGGGUUUGAAGCCUGCAACAAGAGGAGAUAGGGGUGGCUUGGCUGGAUUGCAGAAUUUGGGGAACACUUGCUUCAUGAACAGUUCGCUUCAGUGUUUAGUUCAUACACCACCCCUUGCUGAUUACUUCCUGCAAGAUUAUAGCGAUGAAAUCAACAGACAGAACCCCCUGAGAAUGCAUGGAGAGCUCACUCUUGCAUUUGGUGAAUUAUUGAGGAAACUCUGGUCACCUGGUCGAGCUCCUGUUGCCCCUCGUGCAUUUAAGGGGAAACUUGCACGUUUUGCUCCACAGUUCAGUGGCUAUAACCAGCAUGAUUCGCAGGAGCUGCUUGCCUUUCUGCUUGAUGGGCUGCACGAAGAUUUAAAUCGUGUUAAGCAGAAACCAUAUAUUGAGAUUAAGGAUUCUGAUGGUCGACCCGACGAGGAUGUUGCGGAUGAGUUGUGGAGGUAUCUCAAGGCGAGGAAUGAUUCUGUAAUUGUGGAUAUCUGUCAGGGCCAAUACAAAUCGACGCUGGUUUGCCCUGUUUGUGACAAAAUUUCUAUAACAUUUGAUCCCUUCAUGUAUCUAUCGCUACCUCUUCCUUCAACAGCCACUAGGUUGAUGACAGUAACAGUGUUUUAUGGUGAUGGAAGUGGCCUUCCUAUGGCCUUCACAGUUACUGUUCUGAAGCAAGGAUGCUGUAAAGACCUUAACCAGGCUUUGGGUGUUGCAUGCUGCUUACGUAAUGAUGAAUACUUGCUUCUUGCUGAGGUUUAUGAACAUCGGAUAUAUCGUUACCUGGAAAAUCCAUCAGAACCUUUGGUAACAAUCAAGGAUGAUGAUCAUAUUGUUGCCUACAGGCUCCCCAGAAGGGAGGUGGAUUUAACAAAACUAGAGAUAUGCCAUCGGUAUCAGGAUCACUUCCAUUCCAUCUUCCUAACACCUUUAGUUACUAUCAUGGAGGACCCACUUUCUGGGGCUGGUAUAGAUCUUGCUGUUAAGAGGAUGGUCUCCCCUUUGAGAAGGAAAGCAUUUCUUACAUCUACACCAGGUCACCGUAGUGGAGAAAAUGGCUCUGCUUUUAAUGCAUUGGAUGAAGAGAUGAAGAGCUCUGGUUCCCAUUUGGGACCUGCUAUCCAGUCAACAGAAGAAAUAGAGUUAGAAGGAAUGUCCAGCAGGGAGUUGUCAUUCCAGCUUUGGCCAAUAGUGAAGGAUUCAUCUGUAAGACCUGCUCGUAAGGUAAAAGUCAUGCUGGACUGGACUGAUAAGGAGCAUGAGCUCUAUGAUUCCAGCUAUUUAAAGGAUCUUCCCGAGGUUCAAAAGCAAGAGGCUAUCUCCCUAUUUUCAUGUCUGGAUGCAUUUCUAAAAGAGGAGCCCUUAGGCCUUGAUGAUAUGUGGUAUUGUCCACAAUGCAAGGAACAUAGGCAGGUAAGUAAAAAGUUGGACUUAUGGAGGUUGCCAGAUAUUCUUGUCUUUCACUUGAAGCGGUUCUCAUAUAGCAGAUGGCUGAAAAACAAACUUAUUCAUAAUCUCGAUUUGAGCAAAUAUGUGAAAAGUAGGCAUCUGAAGGAUCACAUGCUUAGUAACCACUAUGGAGGCCUUGGUGGAGGGCACUAUUCUGCUUAUUGCAAGUUAACCGAUGGCAAGUGGUACCAUUUUGACGAUGCUCACGUAUCCCCAGUCAAUGAGUCUGAAAUCAAGACAUCGCUGUUCUACCAACGAGUUAAGCCUACAGGCACAGCCGUCGGUAAAGUGGGUGAACCAUCAGAUGGCCAUAGGACAUGUUGAAGUAUGUGCGGUUUACUUUGAUCGUAUAAUAUGCUAAUGAUGAUGUGGCUGCCAAGCUUAAUGGAGAUCAGAUAUGAUGGUGGCAAUGGCGACGCCGAACAAGUGCUUGCGAUCUUAGAAAGGAUCAUUUUGGUAUUGCCUAUUAUUUGAUUGCUGUAAUUUUUUUUGUAGGGAAGUUCUAUAGAGCAAUGAGGUAUAUUAAAUCCUAGGCGAUGCUACAUUUCUUGGGAUUCCGUCUCAUGCAGUUCUCUGCUCAAUAUACCUACCAACUCUGUUGCGGUUUUAGCUUUAUAAUAUUUUCAUAAUUAGGGAUUAAGAUAUCGUAAUAAGGUUAUGCCCACCACGAUCUUAAGUAUUUAACCAAGACAAUUGUUUAUAAC